CAAGUAGAAAUAAAAAGGGGUCUAUUUUUCAGGCAAGUGCCAUCAAAAUCCAAUCUUUGGAUAAACUCUCUUUGAAUCCAAGUUUCUUCCUCUUCUAGGUUGUCUUCAAACUUUAUUCUAGUACACUGUCAAUGUCUCUGUCCCUCUUCUUCACAAUUUGCUUCUCUCUCUUCUUUCUCUCACUAACACUUCAUUUUCAAAUCUAGGAUUUAAAAACUCUUGUUUCUGUUCCUGUUUCACUACUACAUUAUUAGUAGUGUUUUUUUUUUAGAACCUUUGUGCUUGGCCUAAUUUGUAUCUGUUUUUAAGGUAGAAAAAUCACACCAAAUUCUAGGAUUUUCAGUUUUUGCUGCAAAAAGUUCUUUGAACUUUGUUGCUUAGAUUGAAGCUGCUGAAUUGACAAGGAAGAAGGAACAAUUAAUAGAGUGUAGAAAAAAAUGAAGUUGUGUACUUCAUUGUUGUUUAUGGGUUUGGUUUCUAUGCUUUCUUUUGUGGCCUCUGCUAUGGUGGUAUCAAAUGAAGUUGGGGCGCUUUCAACCUUCAAAGAAGCUGUUUAUGAAGAUCCACAUAUGGUUUUGUCAAAUUGGAAUACUUUAGAUUCAGAUCCUUGUGACUGGAAUGGAGUUUCAUGCACCGGAACUCGAGAUCAUGUCAUCAAGCUAAACAUAUCAGGGGCAUUACUAAGAGGGUUUCUUGCUCCAGAAAUCGGGAAAAUAACCUACUUGCAAGAACUAAUAUUGCAUGGCAACAAUCUCAUUGGAACAAUACCGAAAGAAUUGAGCGCAUUAAAAUCUCUUAAGGUGUUGGAUUUGGGAAAGAAUCAGUUAUCUGGACCAAUUCCUCGAGAGAUUGGAAAUUUGACACAAAUUGUAAAAAUAAAUCUGCAGUCCAAUGGUUUGACUGGUAGAUUGCCUUCAGAGCUUGCAAAUUUGAAAUAUCUUCAAGAACUUCGGCUUGAUAGGAAUAAGCUUGAAGGGCCUGUUCCUGCUGCUAGCACUUCAAAUUUUCCUUCAAAUAUGCAUGAAUUGUAUGCCACAAAUGCGAAUUCGACCGGAUUCUGUCGUUCGUCGCUUAAAGUUGCAGAUUUUUCUUAUAACUUUUUGGUUGGUAGCAUACCAAAAUGCUUGGAGUAUCUUCCAAGAACCAGCUUUCAAGGGAAUUGCCUCCGUGUCAAAGAUGUAAAACAGCGGACUAAAGUUCAAUGUGCUGGAGCUUCACCUGCUCAAGGUCAUCCAGUAGUGAAACCAAAACACCUGUCUAAAGCUGAACAUGAAUCAAAGCAUGAAGGAGGUUCAAAACCUGCUUGGCUUUUGGCUCUAGAAAUAGCAACCGGAACCAUGGUUGGUUCUCUCUUUCUGAUUGGUAUUUUCACUGCUAUCCAAAGGUUUAACAACAAAUCAUCCAUCAUUAUUCCUUGGAAGAAAUCCUCAAGUGAGAAAGAGCAAAUCUCUGUAUAUAUAGAUUCUGAGAUGUUGAAAAAUGUGACGAGGUAUAGCAGACAAGAGCUUGAGGUGGCUUGUGAAGACUUCAGCAAUAUAAUCGGAUCUUCGCCAGAUAGUGUGGUCUACAAAGGUACAAUGAAAGGUGGACCUGAGAUUGCUGCAAUUUCUCUCUGCAUCAAGGAAGAGAAUUGGACUGGACACCUUGAACUUUAUUUUCAGAGAGAGGUGGCAGACUUGGCAAGGAUAAAUCAUGAGAAUACAGGAAAGCUACUAGGCUAUUGUAGAGAGAACAGUCCAUUUACUAGGAUGCUGGUUUUUGAUUAUGCAUCAAAUGGCACACUUUAUGAGCACCUACAUUGUUAUGAAGAAGGGUUCCGGUUAUCUUGGACGCGGCGCAUGAAAAUUAUCAUAGGCAUUGCGCGGGGACUUAAGUAUUUGCACAAUGAAAUUGAACCUCCAUUCACUAUCUCAGAGUUGAAUUCAAAUGCUAUAUACCUUACAGAAGAUUUUUCCCCCAAGUUGGUUGAUUUUGAAAGUUGGAAGACGAUUCUUGAAAGAUCAGAAAAAAAUUCUGGUUCUGUUAGCAGCCAAGGUGAUGUUCCAAACUCCCUUCAAGCUCGCCAUCUUGAUACCGAAGGAAACAUUUAUGCUUUUGCAGUACUUCUACUUGAGAUUAUCAGUGGGAGAUCUCCAUACUGCAAGGACAAAGGUUACUUGGUGGAUUGGGCCAGGGAUUUUCUUGAAUUGCCAGAAGUAAUGUCAUAUUUAGUGGAUCCUGAGUUGAAACAUUUCGGAUCUGAUGAGCUCAGAGUAAUAUGUGAGGUGAUAACACUUUGUAUUAGUCCUGACUCCAAUGGCUGUCCAUCAAUGCAAGAGUUGUGCAGCAUGCUCGAAAGCAGAAUCGACACAUCGAUAAGUGUGGAGCUCAAGUCAUCAUCUUUAGCUUGGGCUGAACUAGCACUUUCAUCAUAAUUGAGUGCUCAAUACUCAAAACUAACAACAUACACUGAAGCAGACCUAUAACUGAAUAUAUGCUUUUAUGAGCACUUACUUUUGAUUUAUUUUUCUUCCUAUUUAGUUAUAUAUAUAGUUUACUUGUAAAUAAUUGCUCAAAAAGGAAAUGUGUAAGGAUAAAUCCAUGACAAGUAUCUUGUAUUGGUGGCUAACAAGUAGAAGUCCAUAAAUUGAUAAAUGAAUGGAAGAAAAAAGAUUGUGCUAUAGAAAAGGACCACAAAAGUUAUAUAA